CAUCACGUAGGCGACCAUGGCGGAAUGUCGUCGGGUUGACAGCAGCGACAGCAGGAGCAGUAGUAGUAACCCCACCAUGGAUAAAAGCAUCACCCUUCCGCCGGACGAAAUAUUCCGAAAUUUGGAAAACGCCAAGCGGUUUGCAAUAGACAUAGGUGGCUCCCUAACAAAACUCGCCUACUACUCAACAGUGCAACACAAAGUGGCCAAAGUGCGGUCAUUCGACCAUUCCGCGAAGGAAGCCACAAGUGAUAAGCUGUAUGAAAUAUCUGUCCAAGAGGAAGUGACUGCCCGUUUGCACUUCAUCAAGUUUGAAAAUGCUUACAUUGAGACGUGUUUGGACUUCAUCAAGGAUCAUCUGGUCAACACAGAAACCAAAGUUAUCAAAGCUACAGGUGGGGGCGCCCACAAGUUCAAAGAUCUCAUCGAGAAAAAACUUGGACUCAACGUGGACAAAGAGGAUGAGAUGACAUGCCUCAUCAAGGGCUGUAACUUUGUGCUCAAGAACAUUCCCCACGAGGCUUUUGUUUACUCCAAACACGCUGACACAGAAUUCCGCUUUCAGACGACGCAUCCAGAUAUUUUCCCCUACCUUCUUGUCAACAUUGGCUCUGGUGUGUCCAUAGUGAAGGUGGAGUCGGAGGAUAAGUUUGAGAGAAUAGGUGGAAGCUCAAUAGGAGGAGGGACGUUCUGGGGCCUUGGAGCAUUGCUCACCAAAACCAAGAGAUUUGAUGAGUUACUGCAGCUGGCCUCCAAAGGACAGCACACCAAUGUGGACAUGCUGGUCAAGGACAUCUACGGGGGGUCGUAUGGGUCUCUGGGCUUGACUGGAGAUCUUAUCGCCAGCAGUUUUGGGAAGUCUGCAACAGUUGACAAAGAGUUCUCUAAGGAGGACAUGGCCAAGAGUUUACUCCACAUGAUCAGCAAUGACAUCGGCCAGCUGGCUUGUCUCUAUGCAAAACUACACAACCUGAGCAGAGUUUAUUUUGGGGGCUUCUUUAUCCGAGGACAUCCAGUCACCAUGCACACCAUCACUUACAGUAUUAACUUCUUCACCAAGGGUGAAGUUCAGGCCUUGUUCCUUAGACAUGAAGGAUACCUCGGAGCGAUUGGAGCAUUUCUUAAAGGAGCCGAAGAAGACAAUCCAAACCAGUACAGUUGGGGAGAGAACUUUGCUGGGAGUUCAGGCCUGAUGAGCAUUUCUCCGGACAUGAAUCCGAUGCAGCGUGCCCGCAGCGGAACGUUCGACAUGUUGGAGAUGGAUCGACUGGAGAGACAGCUGGUUAAUCUUCCACUCCUGCUGGACCCGUCCUCUUACAUCCCAGACACUGUGGAUCUCACCAGAGAUGCUCCUGCGCGGGAGUACUGGCUGUAUUGCUUCCAGGAAGCACUAGAUGGGGUGGUGAAGAGAGCCAUAGCAAGUCAGCCAGACAUGCCGGAGGCGACGGAGCGAGCCGAGAAGUUCCGUCAGAAAUACAGACAGAAGCUGGAGGCCUUCCGACAUCAACCCUGUGUUUAUGGAUCCCUCACUGUCAGAAGUCUCUUAGACACAAGGGAACACUGUUUAAACGAGUUCAACUUUCCUGAUCCAUACUCGAAGAUUAAACAGCGUGAGAACGACAUGGCUUUGAAGUACUACCAGCGAGUCGUCAAGUCCCUGGAGAAGCUGAGCUGGGAAGAGAGACAGUAUGCGCUGGUUAAGGGAGUUCUGGCCGGGAACGUGUUCGACUGGGGAGCCAAGGCUGUGUCCGAUGUUCUGGAGUCCGAUCCUGAAUUUGGAUUUGAAGAAGCUAAGAAACAGUUGGAAGAGCGACCGUGGCUCGUGGACUCCUAUAAUCAGUGGCUGCAGAGGCUAAAGGGCCCCCCUCACAAGUGUGCCUUGUUUUUCGUCGACAACAGCGGCGUAGACAUAAUCCUGGGGGUGAUGCCUUUCGUCAGGGAACUGCUCUCUCGAGGGACGGAGGUUGUGUUAGCCAGCAACUCUGGACCGGCGCUGAACGACGUGACCAACGGUGAGCUGCAGAUCCUGACAGAGAGAAUCGCCGCCAUGGAUCCAGUCGUUCAGUCUGGUCUGCAGGAGGACCGGCUGACUCUGAUCCAAAGUGGCUCCAGCUCCCCCUGUCUGGAUUUAAGCCGCCUGGACAAGGUUUUGGCCAUGGUGGUGCGGGAGCGAAAAACGGACCUGGUGAUCAUCGAGGGAAUGGGCCGGGCCAUCCACACCAACUACUUUGCCAAGUUGAGCUGCGAGAGCCUCAAGAUGGCUGUCAUCAAGAACUCCUGGCUGGCCGACCGGCUCGGGGGGAAACUGUUCAGCGUGGUCUUCAAGUACGAGUGGUGCGUGUGUCCUGGUGUGCGUGAGAGAAACGUGGCGAGGAAAACAGCUGAGAGUUUAAAGAGAGGAGGAAGCCACCUCUGGCUGCAGGAGAACUCAACACCCCGGGGGUCCCUGCGCUUUUCAUCUCCCCACCGCCGAAACUUGUGCACACGCCCGUGCCAGGUGCCCAAGUGGAUUUAAUGACACAUGAUCUUUUCUCAUCCCCUGCUCUGACUCCGUUCCUCACGUGGGCUGACGUGUUUACCACCUGAGGGACGAGCAUCAAAAGACGUUCCGCCGGAGCGGAGACUGAGCGGAGAGAGGUUUCUUGAGGUGACUUGGAUGAUUUCCAGAGUCACUUUUUGCACUCAAUCUUCAUUAAUAGAGGCGACGAACAGGUCUGAGACUUGACAGACUUGAAGGUCUCACGUCAUGUUUCGCCUCUGAACGACAGCAUUUCUCAAAAAUGCUUUGGAAUAUGGAAUGGUUUGAUGAAUGCUAAUACAGUGUCCAACCUGAAAGUUGUACCACAAACUAGCUCCUGGUUCAAUUUGAUGAUCUCACAAACAUGAAGGAUUUAAACGUCUCAAAUGGGAAAUAGUGGCAGCAAGGUGGUACAACUCAAAUCCAUGAAUGCUGGUGAUGGGCUGGAGUCCUGUCCAGGGUGUCCCCUGCCCAUCACUCAUGUCGCAGAAUUGAUAAAUAAGAUUAUUACUGUUAUUAUUGCUUUUAUUUAAAUGUCAGGCUCACAUUGUGUGAUUGUCAUUUUAUUACACCCUUCUUUAUCUAACUGGCCACCUUUUAAGAUUUUGAUAUUCGCCUUUGCACUGGCAACUGUGUUUUUCAUUAUUUAUUUAUCAAUCACUUUUUAUUUCAUAGGCUUCUUCUGUUCAACUCAUCUCCACGUUCUCUUUUCAACACAUUCUUUCUACCCUCAUCUUCCUU